UGACUCCAGAUCAGAAGGUUGCGUGUUCAAAUCACGUCGGGGUCAAAGGUAGAAUUUUUUUUAGGUUAUCGGUAUUUUUUUCCUUGUAAUAAAAUAUUUUAUGUUUUAUUCAUUAAUAUUAUUAUCAAGUUUUGAAAAUUAUUUAUUGUAGCUAUUUAGAUUUGAUUAACAUCGGACAUGUGUCAUACAUUAUAAUAGCUUUAAUAACUUGUACCUUUUAAUUCAAUACAACAUGACUAAAGAAAGUGAUACCGAAAAUGCAAAAAAAAGAAGAAAAUCUAUUAAUAGUAAUAGCAGCAAUGCAAGUACAAUAACUAAUAAGGAAAAUGAUAUGUAUAAGAUGACCAUAACCUUCGAAGAGGAAGAAGCACUAAAACGUUCACCAGAAAAAGACUCUGAAAUAUUUCUCUCAACAUGUGACAGUAUUAGGGAAGCUAUGAGUGAAAUAGCCAAGUUAAAAACAAGCAAUGAUCCAAAGGCAAAGGAUGAGAUUCAUGAGCUUCAAAUAAAAACAGCAUUAGCAUUUGUUGAAUUAAAAAAACUUAAUAGAAUGGAAAAGUUUAGAACUAAGUUUGCUAGAGAUUCUCUAACGAUAGCUAAAAGUGGAGUCGAUAGCAGACAUCUCCAGCUGCAAAACUUGCUUUAUGAAGUCAUGCAUUUAAAAAAAGAAGUAAUUAAGUGCUUACAAUUCAAAUCAAAAGAUGAAUUGAUUGAACUUGUACCCAUUGAAGAAUUUUAUAAAGAAGCACCUGAAAGUAUUUCUCAACCAAACAUAACAAAAAAUGAUGCACACAAAUUACGUCUUGCUCGUUUAGAAUGGGAAUUAACUCAAAGGAAGCAACUUGCAUCUCUUUGUGACGAAUUGACAGAAAACAAAAAAAGUGUCGCUCAAAAUAUUGAGUCUAAACAACAACGUCUUGAUAAUCUUGGACCUCAAUUACGAAUAAUAUUAGAAGCAAGUAAACCUCUUCAGAAUAGUCUAGGACUUCCUAUUGAUAAAGUUCACAAAGAAUAUCAAAAAGCAUCGUUGUUACCAUCAUCUUUGUAUGUGCUCUAUGCUAAAGCCAUAGCAUAUCGUGAUGCAUAUGAUAACUCAUUAAUUGUGACAGUGGAAGGUGAUGAAGACGAUGCUAAAAGGCUCAACAAUAAUGAAGGAAUUCAAGAUUCAGAUUCAGACCAAGAAAUUCAGUCUGAAAAUGUUCCAGAUGAAAUUCCAGUUCAUAAAAAACGUCAUCAUCGAUUAUCUAAAGAGGCAAGGGAAGAAGAGAAAAAGUUGAGAAUCUUACAAAAACAUCCUUUAAGUGUAAUGAUCAUUAUUAACAUUAAUAGCGAUACAAAAAUGACAUUAAGUUUUUACUACUUGACAUGCUUAAAAAUUAUCACAGUAGAAUCUCGCUUAGAUAUAGGUGAACUUAACAAUGCAUCAACAGAAGACAUGCUUAACUCUGAAUCUAUUCUUCGAGAAUUAUAUCCAAAGGAUACUGGUACAGAAAGUCCAAAUCCCGCUAACAGUUAUCAAUUAAUGCGCUUUAACGCCAUACCUUUUUCAUCUCUUGGUCUUGGUACUCCAUACAAAUGGACUCAAAGAAUGGCAGGAUUAAAUUUUAUAUCUGAUAUAAAUAUUGAAAAUAAUGUUACACACCAUCAGCUCUCUAAAAAUAGUGUUGAUAGUAUCUUGAAGGAAAUAAAACGUCGAGUUAAAGCACGAUUAGAUCUCUGUAAUGAAAUUCGUCAAUUAGAGUCUGGUAAUUUACCGGUAUCUAGUAAUGGAACUGAUUUAAGUCCUACAAAAAUAUCAACAAACCUACAUAAAUUUUCAAUCAUAUCUUGGAGAAGUUAUUCCAACUAUCCUGACACUCAGAAAAUCUCUAAACAUUUUGUUCUGCCUACAGACAUUUUUUAUGAGGCUGUGCUCCGUCGUGGAACUAAUGACCUAAUUGCACAUAUUGCUAUAAAACCAGAUUAUCCAAAAGUACCCGCGGUGAUUACUGUCAAUAUCAGUUCUUCAAUAACAUCAUCGCUAGAUAUUGUACGUGAUAUUGAACGAGAAGUCAAUGUGAUGUGGGAUAGACCUCCAAUUCUAUCAAAUCAACUCCAUCGACUUAGAACAUGUUUUGAUAUUUACUUAGAAACUGAAAAUAUGGCGCCUCGAGAAAAAAUCUUCUUUCAUCCAGUCAAAGGACGAAUAAGGGAAAGACCUUAUAAAUAUUUAGCUCUUGGAGGUGGUAUUUUUACUCAGCGUUAAAAGUAGACUGUUAUUACUAUAAUUUUCGUAAAAUCUGAUAAUAUUGUCUAAUAAGUAGAAUAAAGAUUCAUUUCAAGUAUUACUUUA